GAAGAAGAGGAGGGGCCCAAGCUGGUGUGAGAGGUCCUGUGUGAAGGGAGCGAUGGAUCUUGAGCCUCGUUCAUCUUCCCACGCCACUCUCUCUGGACGCACUGACUGUGUGCUUCUCUUGUAAUGGCCACUGUAAAGGACAGCCUUGAGCUCCAGACUGCCUCUGCCCAGACACCCCCGCCAGGGGACCCUAAUUCAUGCUCUAGCAAAGAGGACUGGGGAGAAAGCUGCCCGGAACCCAGUGAGGAAACUCUGGUUAAUGCUGGGGAGACAGCCCCCACAGACCCAGAAUGGGUGGAGGAGAGAUUCAGGAUCGACAGGAAGAAACUGGAAACUAUGUUACACACCCCUGGAGAUGAAAAUCGCUUAACUGGUGAAGAAUUCUUUCAAAAGGUGAUGAGUGAAACCAACACGCAGAUCAAAUGGCCUUCCAAGCUGAAGAUAGGCGCUAAAUCGAAGAAGGAUCCACAUGUUAAGGUGGAAGGGAAGAAAGCUGGUGUCCUGGAAGCCAAGAAGAAGAUAUUAGAUGUUUUGGAAACAAAGGUUAACAAGGUGACCCUGAAGAUGGACGUGGCCCACACUGAGCACUCCCAUGUGAUCGGGAAAGGGGGCAGCAACAUUAAGAAGGUCAUGGAGGAAACAGGCUGCCAUAUCCACUUCCCCGACUCUAACCGAAACAAUGUCCAUCUGGAGAAGAGCAAUCAGGUUUCUAUAGCCGGAUCACUUUCCGGUGUGGAAUCUGCCAGGAGAAGAAUAAGGGAUCUGCAGCCUUUGGUUCUAAGCUUUGACCUGCCGAUGAGUAUGGUCUCUCACACAGUACCAGAUGUGAACUCUCCUGUGAUCCACCACAUCAGCCAGGCCUUUAAUAUCAGCGUGAGCUUUAGACAGCAGCCAAAACUCUACAGCACCACCUGUCUAGUGAGAGGACUGCAGGGGAACUGUGUCUCUAUCCAGAAAGCCACUGCGGUACUGAUGGAGCUGCUGCUAGGUGCAGAUCCCAGCGUCAGCGUCAGCACCCAGCUUGAACUCACCUCCCAGCAGCACGUCUUCCUUAUGGGACAGAAUGGAGCCAACUUCAUCAACAUCAUGCACAUGACCCAGACACAGAUUGUGUUUCCAGACCUGAACUGCCCACAGAACAGAGCCACGCUGCUCAUACAGGGCACUGCAGACACUGUCUGCCUGGCCAAACAGCAGCUGCAGGACUGCCUCCCACUCUGCUUGAUGUUCGAUCUGAAGGAGGAUGCUGAGGUGGAGCCCCACAAACUCAGCCAGAUGAUGCAGAACCUUGGAGUUUUCAUCAGCGUCAAACCCAAAGUGAAGCAGGCAGCCAAGUCUGUUGUAGUGAAGAGUUUGGAACGAAACACUGUCAACUUGUAUGAAGCCAGAAGAUUGCUGUUGGGCCUAGAAACCAGUGAGGUUGCCAUGGCAAUAAAGCCUGCCUGUGACAUUCCCUUAACAAAUGGCCUAACUAAUUAUUGGCUGAAUUUGAUAUCACAACAACUGAGCCUCACUGAUUCAGGACCUGUCCCUUCAUUUGGAGCUGUGGUAAAUGCUGUACUGCAGGCUAAAGACAAACCAACACCCCCUCCUGGUCUCACCCUGCAACAUCAAGCAGACAGAGAAGCACAAAGGAGUGAUGGGAAGAAACCCACUGAAAUGAACAAAAAUAUGCUUUCUGAGGCUGAGGAUUUGCAGAGCACCCCCUCAAUAGUCAGACCAUCUGCAGACACAGUGCCAGAGUGUGAAGAACCACAGGGCAUGCGGGCGGACACAAGGAGAAGCAGCAGCCAAUCAGAGGGCAGCAAAGAGCCCUGGCAGGAAGGAAGUACAGCAGCCUCACGUCAAAACACUGCACUUCAGAACUUGAAAGAAUUAUUGUUAAAAUGUGAUUUGGGAAGUGACUACUCAGAGAAACCAAGCAGUUUAAGGAAAGACAUAACUGAACUACAGGAGACAGGACCAGAUGCUAUCAAAAACGAGGAUUAUGAUUAUGAAAAAAAGAAACUUUUAGCAACACGGGCGAUGCUGAAGAAGCCGGUUGAGACUGAGGUGCGGACACCCACAGACACCUGGAGUGGGCUGGGCUUCUCCAAGUCAAUGCCAGCAGAGGCCGUGAAGGAGAUGCGAUGUGUGAACCGCCGGAGCUACAAGUCUUACCUGGGGAACAACUUACAGGAAUGGAGUUUGCAGGAAUCCCUCAGUAAAGAGAGUCUGGCCAGCGGCAGUGACUCUGAGAACUGGAGGGAGCGGAGGGACUCUGCAUCUUCCUCAUCCCCUCUCUCAUCUUCCUCAGCCUCCUCCUUCCCUGUCUUUGCCUCCUCAUCCUCGAGAAGCAGAGCUGACAAAUCCUCUGAGUCGUUCCUCAGCAGCAGUAAUUACUUUGACAGCAUCUCAUCUCUGACCUGCUCCAGCAACUGCUGCUCCAGUCCCACCCACAAACAGACAGCAGACCUGCCAGAGCUCUUCAGCCAACUGGGGCUAGGCAAAUACAUCGAUAUCUUCCAACAGCAGGAGAUUGACUUCCAGACAUUCUUAACACUCACUGACGAGGAUCUGAAAGAAGUGGGGAUUUCAACUUUUGGUGCAAGGAGAAAAAUGCUGCUUGCAAUUUCAGAUUUCAGUAAAAGUAAAAAGAAGCUUCUGGAUCCGCCUACAGUCCGGCCAGGCUACCUGGAAGGCGGGGCCAGUGGUAGGCUGCCUCGGAUAGUGGACGUGGACAUCGCUGCUCAGAGCAACCGCUGGUAGCGAGUGAGGGGGAGAGAAACAGGGCUGUGACCUUCUCCCUGCGCAAUAAUGAACUGCUUCUGCCUCCAGCUCCUUGUGUUCACACAUUGCAGAAGAACUUUUAUUUAGUGCUUUUAAUCUACACAAGAUAUGAAAGUGCUGACAAACACUGAGUCAUCUUGAAACCUCUAGGAGGUAGGCUGACGGCAAGAACCAAUUUGAUAUGGCUGCCCCAAGAGAUUGGUACCAAACCCAGAUAUACCACACUGUCCCCGAACUUGUUAUGACUGCAACCUGAGGUGAAGCUCAGAAUGACUGUUGGGGUGUAGAGGGCAGCAAACAAGAAGACAGAAAAGUGGCCCAAUACUGUAUACCGGUGUAUGUUCUGCUUUUGCCAGCAGGGGUCACUUUAGAGCAAAGUGGAAGGAAGAUACUUGUAUAAGAGGGGAAUAAGUAGGCUUUUUCAUCAUUGUCUGUAGUCCUUCUUGACAUUUCAAUAUUGGUAUGAUUAUUACAUUCAUUUCAAAGGUGUACUGAAUAAAACAAUUUGUGAGUACCAGUAUAUUUAGAACAGGGGUCUCCACCCCUGGUCCUGGAGAGCCCCUAUCCAACAGGUUUUAUAGGUGUCUUUACGGCAUCAAUGGCUAAAGAUCUGAAACACCUGUUAAUCUUGACUAAUUAAGCCAAUAAUUGGUUCAAUUAAAUAACUGAGAGCUCAGUUGAAAUGAAAACCGGAAGCCCCAGUAGCUCUCCAGGACCAGGGUUGGAGACCCAUGGUUAGGCAGUCCAGCCAUGCUCUUAUGAUUUAAAAAAAACAAAAAAACAUAUAAAGAAAUGCUGCUAAAUGUAAGGUGAUGCAAUAUUACCACUGAAUAGAAACUGAUUCAUUUUGUUCAGACACAUAUCACAUGAAGCAGCAUGAAACGAAUGAAAAAUAGAUUCAGGCUAUGUCUCUCCUGGGUGAGUCUAUGUCUUUGGGGCAAAGAAGUAGUGUAUGUAUGUAUAUCUAUAAUUCUGUUUUUUGUAGUUAUUUUAAUGAAAAUUUGAAAUAGCUUUCAGUGUUUUGUACCUGUUUGUUAAUGUAAAAAUGUUGAAUAAAGUCACAAGGUUAUCUUUCAAAUAGUGUAUGAGGCUUGUGGUAAUUUGAAUUGGUACAACCUUUGAAAGCUUGGUUAGUGUAGUCAUGUUUUAAAAUGAAUUUGCACGUUUCCUAAUAAAAUAUACAUUUGAGACACGGUGGAAAAUAUAUGGCUGUGGCAUUGUCAAUGCCAAUAAAGAAAAAGGAAAUAGGGUAAAAGUAUUGGUUGAAAUCGGUGGAAAAUAUCAGCCAUUGUGGAUUACUGAUCUUUUUUUAUUUGAUGAGAAUCAUCCAUAAUUACAGAUGCUGUAAGGUUCUGCCACUUGCCGUGUUCUCCUUUGGAUCUGCAGUAGGUAGCAAGGAUGAUCACUGUUUUCAGAAGAUCAUUUGUGAAAUUGUUUUGAUUUCCCUUACAAUUCUAGGAGGAAUAUUAAAACACUCUAGUAUGGCGCAUAAGCAGACUUUGGAUUUAGCUACUUUGAAAAUCAGCUUUGAUUAGAUGUUACAGCUACCUAACCCACCCUGGGCCAUUACAAUGGUGCAUUCUGUAGUACAGUAAUGUACUACUACUCUCCCCUUUGUGAAUCAAAUGUGUUUCUUUAUAUAGCCAGUAGAGGGCACCAUUGUCUAUUUUUUUUAUUUUACUAAAAUCUGCAAAUGUGCACUGGUGUAAUGUGAAACUAAUUUAAAUAUUGCAAUAUGAAAACUUUACAUUUCUCAAAUAAUACUAACAUGAAUUUGGGAAUUUCAUCUGUGAUAUGUGGUGGCUAAAUUUUAAAUAUGUAACACCUUUCCUUUUAUAAACCACUGCACAUUCCACAAAUAGGGAAUGUUGAAUCCAGAAAUGCUGUUGCUUGUUGUACAAAAUGGAUUUUAAAAAUGUGUACUAUACAAAAUGUACUACUAUUAACAGUAGGACAAUACGCAGAAUUGAGGAAUAAAGCCAGCUUUAUUGUAAUAUUUGAUCUUCAUAAUACCUAGGUCUGGGCAUUGUUUGAGCUGUUGCCAAGAUGGCUGUUGAAUCACUACCUCUAAAUAGGUUUUCUUAGUGGGUGCGCAUCCAUGUUUUGAUAAGGCUUACUGAGUUUAUGAGAUCUGUGGAGGAUUAUGAGCCAUGGUGAUACGAAUGCAGACUCCGUCUGUGGCAAGGCAGUGGUUUACACAUACAAUACCUGCACACACACACACACAGUACAGUAAUAUCCUGAGCAGUCCUGGUAUAUGGCUCAGUAUCUCCAUAGUAGGCACUGUGAUUUAAUCGGUCAUCCUUCACUACACAUGCAACUGUUAGCUUUAAUUAUAUGGAAAGGGUUUCCCUACUCUGUAGUUAAUGGAAAUCAGAACUAAUAUUCAAAUGUUUUUACUGUACCCAUAGAUUAACACAUCUUCCCCAUACAUUAACCCACCAUGGUUGAAACUGAGCCACUUGAGAAAUGUAUAAGCUACUAUAUUUCUAAUUUACAAUUUAAAAAGUGGCUUUUGCAUAUUUACAACAGCUCUGUCGGACAUUACACUUGACUGGAACAGACCCAAACUUUGCAUAAUAAUUAGUGAAUGGGCACUUAUUUUUCAAGUACUUUCAGUGUCUACAGUAACAUUGCAAAAUCAGGAUACAUUGCAAUGAAUUGAAUCUUGGAUUAGGUAGACUACUGUGUAUUGCAGUUCAAGUUUGUAAAUAGGGUUUAUUUG